UAUAUACCUAGAAAUUAAGUAAAUUUUAGAUCUUAUUGUAUUGUAUUUUAAUAUUACAGAUAGAUUGAUAGACCCCCAUAGACCACCCAUUUCACAAGUGUAUACACACUUUCAUAUUUUUUUUUAAAGUGUGAAUCUUAGAUAGCUAAACAUUCUCAUUUCUUAUCACCUUCCUCAUAGAUAAUAUUCUUUUCUCUCAAAGAAAAUUCACCAUAUAAUAACAUUCCAUUCUCUUCAUCUUCAUUUAUCUUCUUGCAUCAACAUCCAAAGGAAUUGCAAAAUUACUUAGCAUUAUAUUUGUUGAUAAUUUUUUUUGGAUCAUUUUGUUUAUCAAUUAUGGGGUUGAGUACUAAGUUGGUUUCAAUUGAUGAUGAUGGUCUAGAUGAUUGGACUUGUAGCAGCCAGAAUUCUCUACCGGAACCACCGUUGAUAAGGCGGCAACCGCCAUCGAAACCGGAGCCAUUGAAAUGUCCAAGGUGUGACUCAAUCAACACAAAAUUUUGUUACUACAACAAUUACAACAAGUCACAACCUCGACAUUAUUGUAAAGGUUGUAAAAGGCAUUGGACCGAAGGUGGCACCCUUCGUAAUGUCCCGGUAGGCGGUGGCCGAAAAAACAAGCGAAUGAGGAUGACUACUGGUCUCGUUGAUCAUAUAACUGGAAGAAAACGUGUCACCUUAGAGGAGAUGAACGAUCAGAGGUGUCCUUUAAUCAGCACGACCAUCACUAAUACUACUACAAGUUCCAUGCCAAGUACUAUUAUUAGUAAUAUGGAUGAAGAUAUCAAAAAUAUUCCUUCAUUAGCAUCAUCGUCACUACCAUAUGACAUAUUUUCAAGUUUAAAGUUGUCAUCAAUUCCUCAAGAUGGGAACACACAUUUUUCACUAAUUCCCAAUUCUAGUACUACUCAAUUAUCUUCAAAUGUGUAUUGUAAUUAUGAUUACAUGGGGAAGUUUGAUAGUACAAUGGAGGAGUCAACAAUAACUACAGUCAUGCCAAUUACAAGCAGCAGUGAUCUAUUUUCUCAGCCAUGGAAAGUUCCAGAAACAAGCAAUGACUUUAUUAUUGAAAAUAUGUCAAGUAAUUAUUGGAAUUGGAAUGAAUUCGACACGUUGAGUACUGCAGCUGAUCUCAAUAUACAAUGGGAUGAUUUGGAGAUCAAACCAUAAUUAAGGAGAUUAAUUAAGGGAAAUUAAGUGUCAAUUUUAUUAGAAGAGUUUCUGUAAAUUGAUCAGUUCAAGGCUUUGUUUAAUGUAAAUUUAAUUUCGUGCUGGGCUAUAAUGUUCAAGUUUUUUGUUACUUA